CAAGGAACAAACUGUACCCAGUGGAUGGACCUGAGGACUGGAUUCUUGGGUGCCUGGGUUUGUGGGGUGAGAGCCUAGAAAGUGGCGGAAAGUGGAGCCCCAAGCUCCAGGCUCCCCCACUGCAGCCUGCCUGGACUUUGCCUUCCUGCUGCCUGAGCCCCACCCUGCACCCUUGGCUCUCCCCGGAAACAUCCAGGACUGAGAGCCUCAGCAUCUGGGAGAGAGCCUAGCAUGUGGGGCUACCUAUCCCUGCUUCCUGCUUUCCUGGCCCUGUGGGCUACCAGUGGCAUCUGGAUCGUUUUUGCCAUUGCAGUGGCCAACAGGACAGUGAACCUCAGUGAAGGCUUUCCCUACAUCAGUAUUUGUGGAUCUUACCCCCCUCAGAGCUGCAUCUUUGGCCAGCUACUCAACCUGGGAGCUGCCAUGGCCGCUUGGAUCUGCAUUCUACGUUACCACCAGCUCCGGGACUGGGGGGUCGGAAAGUGGCCUAACCAGCUAAUCCUCUGGACAGGUCUCUUCUCCGCCCUGGGCACCUCGGUGGUGGGCAAUUUCCAGGAAAAAAACCAGAAGCCCAUACAUCUGGCAGGUGCCUUCCUCGCCUUUAUCUUGGGCAACCUCUACUUCUGGCUACAGCUCCUCCUCCUGUGGAGGAAGAAGAGCCUGCCCCAGCCCGGGGCCCUCUGGAUCAGGCCACUCCGCCUGGGCCUCUGCAGUCUCUGUACCAUACUCAUCGUGGCCAUGAUCAUCCUCCAUUCCCAGCAGCUACGUUCCGCCUCUGCUGUCUGUGAGUGGGCCACCGCCAUGCUGCUGUUCACACUCUUUGGACUCUUCUCGGUUGACUUCUCUGGCCUGGACAGCUGUACCCUGAGUCUUCAGCCAGGGUCCAGCCUCAGCCCCUCGCCAGUUUCCCUUGGCUCUCUGCCUGUCUAGCUGUCUCAGACACCCUGACUGGGGCCUCAUGUUGC